UUCACGGGUUUAUAUAAUGUGUUUUGGCUAGUAUGGAUGUGACCAGCGGGACUCUAUGGCGACGCUGGACACCCCGACCCGAGGCAUCUCCAGACGGGCUUCGGUCUUGCUUUUCUCCCUCCUCUCCUCCCUUCUCCUUCUUCACUGCCUUACGGACCGCGUCAGCACCAUCACCCCGUUACCAGCCUCCCUGUCCCGGGCGCGCGCGGAACUUUCCUCGGAGUACAACGCGCAGAGGACGAAACGACUGGAACCAACUCAUUCAGAGACAGGACGAGUUGAAAAUGGUCUUGCGUUUUCAAAUUCACCUGCAAAGGAUUUUGUUUCACCCCGGAAAGUGUCACCCAGGUUCGCAGGUAAACUCAGCCCGCUCGGAGAAGGGAGCAAGAAGCUGCCUCAAGCGCUCAUCAUCGGGGUGAAGAAAGGAGGUACCCGGGCUUUGCUGGAGUUUCUGCGGGUGCAUCCGGACAUCAGAGCCGUGGGGUCGGAGCCGCACUUUUUUGAUCGUAACUAUAACAACGGGUUGGAGUGGUACAGAGAGCUGAUGCCCAAGACUCUAGAGGGCCAGAUCACCAUGGAGAAGACCCCCAGCUACUUCGUCACCAGAGAAGCUCCCGCCCGGAUCUCCGCCAUGUCCCGGGACACCAAACUCAUCGUGGUGGUUCGGGACCCGGUGACCAGAGCCAUCUCGGACUACACGCAGACUCUGUCCAAAAAGCCCGACAUCCCGUCUUUCGAGAGCCUCACCUUCAAAAACAGGACUACGGGCCUGAUCGAUACCUCGUGGAGCGCCGUGCAGAUAGGGAUUUACGCCAAGCACCUGGACAACUGGCUGCAGCACUUCCCCAUGGAGCAGCUGCUGUUCGUGAGCGGGGAGAGGCUGAUCAGCGACCCGGCCGGAGAGCUGGGCCGCGUGCAGGACUUUCUGGGACUCAAACGCAUCAUAACAGACAAACACUUUUACUUUAACCAGACCAAGGGCUUCCCGUGUCUGAAGAAGGCCGAGGGCAGCAGCAAACCCCACUGCCUGGGCAAGACCAAAGGGCGCACCCACCCGAACAUAGACCCCGAGGUGGUGCAGAGGCUACGGGACUUCUACAGACCCUUCAACCUCAAGUUCUAUCAGAUGACCGGACAGAACUUUGGGUGGGAAUUGUGAAUGUUGUGGUGGGUUUCAGCUUC